AUGCCCAGGUCGCUGCAAGCGAGCGAACCCGAUGGCAGCGCGUUGGAGGCGCUGACUGUGCAUGCUCUGACGAACCCCAAGAUGCUGCCCAAGAUCGUGCUCUACCUGGAGAAGAUCGUGAGCAAGAAGUUUGCGCGGAGGGAGCAGCAGCAGCUGCAGUGCGCCGUGAAGAUCCUCCUCACCCUCAUCCAGACUUGCCACCUCGAGCUCCGACGCUUCUCGGAGAACGUGGUGAGGGUGACCAAGUUCCUCCUGCGGCAGGUGGAGCUGCCAGAGCUCUAUCCCCUCGGCUGCGAGGUCUUCAUCAAGUUCGCGAGCUACCAGGACGGGGCCAACCUCAGCCUCGUCCUCUCCCCCUUCAUCGACGACAUCGUCCGCCUCAGCCAUGACUCCCAGACCCGUCCUGACCUCAGGCUCAGCAUCAGGGAGGCCGGGCUCAAGGCAAUGGCCGUGGUAGUCCGCCUCCUCGACCUGUCGCUGGCCGAGCACUUUGCCAAGCUCAUGCCGGCGAUCCUGGUGAACAUGAACGUGCCUUCCUCGCUCGAUGGCGAGGGGAUCGAUAGGCGUGUGAAGGAGGCGGCGUCGCGGCUGUUCCGGCAGGUGUGUCAGUGUCUGCGGCCUGCGCUCUCUCAGUUCAUCCUGAAGCCCUUCUUCUCCUACCUGGACGGCACCAACGCCUGGAGCCAGGGCAACGACGUGAACUGCUUCGCGGUCGAGAGCCUGAAGCUGCUCAUGGCGAGCAUGGAGCCUCAGCACAACUACCUCCUCUUCCUUGAGAUGAGCCGACGGGUCGAGGGCUGCAACCGAGCCCGCGCCGACCUUGUCGUGACUCUCUGCAUAGUUCGCGCCAUCGCCGCCAUGGCGGGGCUGGUGCAGGGAACACCCGGGCCCUCGUUCUACAAGAUCUUCACGAGCAUUCUGUCGCUGUUCAGCUACCAGCUGGAGAUGGCCAAGAAGAACAGGGAGCUGACUGGAAACUCGAGGCCCAAGACGAGCCUGAGCCCGGUGGACAAGAUGAAGCUACUGGAACAGGCGUUCAGACAGGCCGCGGAGGCAAACGCGAGCAGCGUGCGGGAUGCUGGGGGUGUGCUGAGGAUCCUGGAUGAGUGUCAGACGUGCUUCGAGAGGAUGGGAGGAGCUUUCAGCGGGUCCCCCCAGCACCUCGAUGCCAUGCAGCAGCUGAUAGAACGUGCGGCUGCCGUGACGAGGAGAGGGGAGGAGAAGUCAGGAGAGGGGGGCGAGGAGGGGGAGGGAGCGAGGGAGGAGGAAGAGGAUAGUCGAAACUUCCUGCUGGGCUACUACGUGCGGGCGUUGAAGGCUCUCGUCAACGAGGGGAUCCUCCUCCCCCCUGGCAAGAACACUCCCUCCUAUCUCAUCGACUUUAUCAUCAACCUCCUGUCUGCGUCCUCCCCGUCCCUGCGCGACCUCGCGGUCGGUUGUCUCCGAUUGACGGUCUGCUGUGUGCGAGAGAAGAGCUCGGGCAGCUGCAGAGACGCGGCAUGGCACGAGCAUCUCUCCCCCUCCGACCAGCUGAACAUCGUCAAGACCUUCAUGCUCGGCAUGACUUCCUCCCGAGCCACCCCCCAGGACCUGGUCCGCUCCUCCUCCUUCCUGUCCUCCCUGGCGCGCAGCGGGCCGGAGCGAUGGGUGGAGCUGGUCCUGCCAUGGCUCAUGGAGAUGCAGAGGAGCAUUUCGACCUCCAAGCAGCUCGAGGACGCUCAGGAGGAAGCUGAGAACUCGAUGCUGCACGUGAAGCCCCUGCAGGCCAUGUGGCUCCACUCAGUGAUCGCGUCUUGCAUCCUGUCCCUUGCCCACGCGUCCAAGAACGAGGCUCUCGCCUCCUACGUCCACCAGGUGCUCGCCGAGAGAAGACAACCCGGGAUGACCUGCAGGGAGCUGAGAAUGAACGACGAGGGUGAGCUGGAGUUGGUCUCCGAGCCAUCCAGCCAGCCAGAGGUCGCUUCGGAAGCCAAGGCCGAGCUCACCUUCGAGCAGCUCGAGGGGCUCGCGAGCGAGGACGCGGGCGGAUCGACGAGCAUGGCGCUGCUGGAUGUCAACGAAGUUUGCAGUGCUCUCGGCACUGGACCACUCCUGCUCGCCAAGGACCCGAGCUCCUACCCCGCCCUGCGCCGACUGUCCUCGAACCCUCAGGAUGUCAAACUGGUCUCGCCCAGCAGGCAUGAGGUCGACUCCAGCACCAUCACCUCCGACUGCAGCUAUUCAGCCUCGGCCGGGCUGAUGCCGCCGGAGCUCGCGGCGCAUCCGAUCUUAGAGGAGGGGAGCGUCGAGAGCAGCCGUCUCAGGAAGGAGUCCUUGCAUCCCGCCAAGCUCUUGCGAGCUGCGAUCCAGGAGGGGGCUGAGCUGAACUCCAGCACGGACGUCCCGCAUGGCUUCGAGGGGCUGCGGCGGCUGAUUGAGGAGGAGCACAAGCGAUCCCGAGGGUUCAAGACCAGGCUGUUGCGCGGGGAGCUGAGAAAGGAGACGGGAGGGAGGCAGCGGCUUCACCUGCUCCUGCAGGACUCGGCGAAUGAUCGGAGGACGACGACGAUUCUGUCGUCAAGGCGACAGCGAGGGGAGCAUGAGGUGGAUUGGAUGAGGGACUGA